GUGGUAGCGGCAGGAGGUACAACUAGCGUUAUCAGUAUUAUUAAUUUAUCUAUUAUUUCGCAAAAUAAAAAUAUUUUGUAUGCACACUGUUUAGUGAUUAUUUAUCGUCGGCUUGCUGUAAAUUAGCGGUUUUUCGUGUUAGAACUUAAAUAAAAUGCAAACGAAAUAACGCUUGUCUGUACCAAUUUAAGCGUUGCCACAUCAGUUGCACAAUGUCGUGUUUCCUUUUAACUAUUAUAGCUAAUCUAGUGUCAUAAAUACACAAGUUAAAAAACAUGAACAACAACGACGAUAACUUGUAUCGGCCUAGUACCAGCAGAGGAGAGCCAUCCGAUCAAAAAGAGUCUAACUGUUCGAAAGAAUCACACAGGUAACUGAAUGUAGGAUUUUAUAUUGGUAUUGAUUUUUAAAGUCCUACGAUUUGUUUUAUCUAGCUUAAAUAAUAAUACGGUACAUGGAUUUGAUAGUAGUGAAUUUUGUACCAAUUGUGGUAGUGCUGUUGAACAGCAUGACCAUAUGGUUGCUGCUAGUUUGGUAUAUUGUGAUCAAGAAGACAACGAUUCUGAUGAUAAUUGUUGUAUAUACACGUAUCGAGGUGAUCGGCAAGCACCAAUUGUUAAUGCUUUACCUGUGGAAAAUAGAAGUGCAUCACCUCUGAUGGAUUAUCUAGAAAUGGACUUUGACCCUGAACCAACUGCUGGUAACGAGUCUGAAGUUGAAGAUGAAGAAGUUAUUGUACCUCAUACAACUGCCCAUCAAAAGUAAAAAUUGGAUUAACUUUAAAAAGACUGUAACACUUGCAUGUAUCCUAUUUGCAUUGCAUAAAUGUAACAUAAUAAUUAUCUAUUAAUUUACACAACACAUAGGUUACCUACCUAUGUUACUUUUAAUUAAUUUUAUUACACUCAAUUAAAGUAGGUAUCCUCAAAUGUUUUAAUGAGAACAUUAUAUAAUUAUUUAUUUUGUAUAACAAGUUAUAAGUGAGUACCUAAGUGAAUAAUAAUUAUUUAUAGAUAAUUAACAUACUUUAAAAAUAUUUUAAAUUUUAUUAGUUACAACUAAUGUGUGAUAUAAUUUGCUACAUUAAUUUUAUGCAAAGUGAAAUAAGUAAUGACAGUUAUUUCCUAUAUGCUAUAUAUUAUAAUAAUAAUAUAUUGUGUUUAAAAAAAUUGAUACAAAAUAAAUAAUCUUUUUGUUACCUUAGUGACGAGAUGUUGAUGAAGUCUGAAGAACCAGUACCUAGUGGUUCUGGUGCUAAUGCUAACGCACAAGAAGGUCACAUGUUUACUCAAAACAGUGGAAUAAAUGAAAUGCGCAGACCAGUUUCUGAAAUAAAACUAAAUCACAUGCAAUGCAUUGUGCUUAAAGAAGAGACGAAGAAUGGAUGUUUAAGACGAAAUGUUGAAAUGGUAAAAAAUAAAUUGUAUUGAGUGAUUAUUAAUUUAUUAAAUUAAUUAUUUAUUAUUAGGAUACAAUGAAAAGAAUGCGUGUAGAUGAAUUAAAUUGGGUAAGAGAAGUAAUAUGGUCAGAAAGUGAUGCAGCUGAGCUUCAAAUAAACCAAAUUGGUAAAUCAGCAUGUGGAGCUACUUCUAUUAUAAAUACUCUGGUAUGUUUAGCAAGUUAAAUCUUUUAAAAAUUGAGUUAUUAAAUAAAAUGUUUACUUUUUUGAACUAUUAUAUUUAGGUUGAGUUAUUCACAUUACUCUAUAUAAUAAUGAAAGAUCAAAUAUUUUUUACAGAAGGAAAAUACUUUUUCUUCUUUUUUUUAAUUUCAAUGUGGGUUUUGGCGCUGAAAACAAUUUUGUAAUCAUAAUUUGAUGAUAUCUUCAAAAUAUGAAUUAAAAACCAAAAUAAUGUAAUAUAAAUAUAAAUGUAUUAACUCCAAGAGCAGAAUUCAGUUAAAUGGUGCUUAGUUAAAAUAGCCUUGGUUAUUUGUAAUCAAAUAAAUGUUUCACACUAUUUUCAAAUCUAGAUAAAAAAAAAAAUUUCAUUUUAAAAGACAAAUUUGUUAAAUUUGUAUAUAAAGGUUAUAAUAACAAUGUUUAUUUUAAUAGCAUUCUUCUUAUACCAUUUAAAAAAUUAUAAUUAUCUUUUAUUAAAACCUAUAUUAAUAGUAAUUUUUUAAAUAAUGAUAAAUAUGAUAAUUUAUGUAAAACUAAUCAAUUAUUGUUUUUUUUUCAAGUUAUUGACUUCUAAUAAGCAAUAACUUUAAAAGUAAGUACAAUUAGACCUCGCUAGUUCAAUAUAUAUCUGUUAUCUGUAUGUAAACUGUGACAAAAUUAUAUUUCAGAAAAAAUUAACAUUAUACAAAUUGAGAUAAUAUUGUCGCAGUUUAUCAUCUCUUAAUAUAUAUGUGGGACUAGUGGUAAUCAGAUCACUAAGAGUUUAACCUGAAUGUAUAUUUUUCUGUUAUGAAAAAUAAUGCACCAGUAAUAUAUAAUACCGAAGUAGUUUAAAUGCAGAAUAGUAUAGAAAAAAAUGUAAUAAAAGUGUCGUAUUAGUAAGGUUUCACUGUAGUUAAUGAUAACUAUUUUGUAUUCACAAUUACAAAACAAAAUUUGACAUGUACCAGACAAUUGCCUUGUAAACUACCAUAUAUUUUUUUUGUCUAUAAAUUAAAAAAUUGUUUGUUAAAUUCUGAUUGCACCAAUGUUUUCAGCACCAAAAAAAAAAAACAUAAAAUUGAGAAUAGCUGUAUUUGAUAAAUUGCAUAAAUAUUAAAAUUAAAAUAUAUUUAUUUUUGAAACUAAUACCGAUUAGUUUUAAAUAUAUAAGUUACCUAUUUUUUCCACAUAACGUCCAACAUCACUGACUGAAAAUUUGCACUACACAAAAUAUAAUUUUGAUCAUGAUUACUAAAUAGACUUCAGUACAAACUUUUGAACUUCAUGAUAAGUUUAUUUCAGAGAUAUUAGUAUUAUCACUUCAUAAUGCAUCUUGGAUAAUAUAAUAUUAAUUUAUAUCAAGGUUUAUUAAUGUGUGAUAUUAUUGUUUAUGUCUACCUUAGCAUUUCAUUAGAAAUUUGAUUAUUUUUUUGGUUUUCUAAUUGUAAAACAUAGUAAGUACCAUUAUAUUUUCAUCUUAUGAAUUUUCUUUUAACAUUUUUUAGAAUUUUUACCCUAAUUGCACCUAUGUUUUACAAGUUAUAUUAACUUGCUCGUGAUGGAUUCUUUUUUAUGAUCAAUUUUUUACCUUUUUUCUAUUGUUCAAUUAACCUAAAGUUGCGCAUGCACUAGGAUACUUCUUUAUAACAAUACAAGAAUGAAGAAUUUGAUUUUCUGUUUCACCCCCUUUAACUAUUCUCACUCCAAAAAUAUUUUAAAAUAUUAAAAAUACAUCAUAUAACUUUUAAUUAUAAAUCUUAUGCCAUAAAUAAUCCAUGAUCAGAUUUUCCAUUCUCCUGAAAAAUAUGAAAACAUGAUUGUUCACCUCAACUAAAAUGUAUAAAUUUAAAAAUAAAAACCAUGAUUCUAUAAUAACCUAGAAGUAAAUAAUAAUGGAAAUCGUGAAUAAAAAUGAUAACAAAUCAACAUUUUAACAUGAAGAAGGGAGCUUUUUAUGUAUUGACGGAGCAUUUACAUAAAUAAAUUGGAUUAUUACUGCUAAUUAAUACAUAAGAGAUGCUGAUGUCUGUUAUUGUCAUUAAUCAAUUAAUAUUAUUUAUUUUUAUAUCACUUUAUAAGCAAGAUUUUUAAAUUUUUUAUUUUUUAUUAAUAAAAUAAAUCAAAUAAAAAAAUAUUGAAUAAAAUAUUUAUUUUAUUUCAAUGUAUCUAAACAGUUUUAUUUGAAAUAAAAACAGUAGUUGAUGGCUGAGUUGUGUGUAUGAGCAUAGCCUUCUCUACGCGUGCGAACCAGUGGCACUACCGUCCCAGAGAAUGAAUAUUAUAAGAAUGGGAGUGGCUAUGAUUGUCGGCAACAAAAAUUUGUUGUCAUCGACUACUGUUCUUAUUCUGAAUAGAAUAUAGUUCAUAAUAUUUUAAAAUUUGAGUAAUAUGUUCAUUAUAUUAAAUUAAAUACAUGAAUCAUUUUUUUUUUCUAGUUGGCUCUAAGAAUACCAUUUAAUAUAGAUCGUAUAGUUCAAACUAUUGGUACUCACUUGCGUAAAGAGACUGCUCCUCUUAUUCAGUAUUUGGAAUCACGUGCUGUGGCUGGUUGCACAGCUGAUGAUUUGGUUAGAACUUUAGAAACCGUAACAGAUUCGCUGGUCAGUGCUAGAUUUUUUGCCACUCAUCAAAAUUCGGGUACAUCUAUUGAACCUUGGCUUGCUAAUUGGAUUAAAAAAGGUAUUAAACCAAAAAUUAUAAUUAUAUUUUGUUAAUAUUUAUUCUCCAUUUAAAAUACAUAAAUGAUUAUACCUCAUUUAAGGUGCUGUUCCAAUAUUGACAUUAAAUCGUCAACGUUGUCCACACGUGCCAGAUUAUUUACUGCCAGAUAGUUGGCACCAUCAAAUGAUGUAUGGUAUAACAUACAAUCCUUUAUAUCCAGAGAAUGCUCAAAUACAUUUGACUAAUCCUUUGAGCAAAAUAUCUAUGGAAUUGUUGCGGCCUCAACUAAUUUCUCCAUCAGUGUUAAAGAUAAGAAAAGAAGAUAUACUAUCCAGAUGGACCCCAUGUACAGAUCUCGUGCCUUUGGCCUCUUAUCCUAAUCCACUUUGGCAUGAGUUUAAUGUGUUAGGUAUGCUUCGAUAAUUGAUUUUUUAGUCAUAAUAAAUAAUGGUCAAUAAUUAUUAUUUCAGGUCAAGUGGUAAAUAUUCUACGGGAAAAACGAGAAAAUGCCACUUUUAAUAGUCAUAUUACUAUACCUGCCAGCUAUAAAAGUGGUAUAACUUUAGCAAUAAACACAUCAUCACAUUAUUGCCAUGAAUUGAAAUCAGUGCCAGAACUAUAAUAGAUACCAAGAAGUUUAUUAUGCAUAAAUAAUAAGUAAUAAUCAAUAGUCAAAACAAUUUUCACCAUGUUUUAAUUGAUUUUAAAUUUUUUAGCUGUAUAUAUUUUGUAGAAUAACCAAAGUCCUACACACAAUUUGAAUGUUCUAAAUAUGUAUAUAUAUAUAUAUAUAAAUAUAUAUAUAUAUAUUACUCAAUUAAUGUUACCUACAGAAAUAUUUGUCCUAGUAUUAUAUAUUAUUUGGUGUUAUAAUAGUAGUUAACAAAGAUUGAUAAAGAAAAUAAUUCAAAUCUAUACAUUUUUUUUUAAAAACCUGUAAUCCUUGAUUUUAAAAUACAUUUAUAAUUAUUUGUAAGUUUAUUAUAAUAAAUAGAUUAUACAUUUGUAUCUAAGUGAACAAUUAGGAAGUAUAUAAAUAUUACUUAAACCAAUAAAAUAUUUAAAUAAAAAUAAGUUCAAUAUUCAACUUUGGUACAUAAAUAAUAAUAUAACAAAAGUACUACCUAAUAGUUUACAGAGAAUAAGGUUUUAGUAAAAUAUACUGUGAUGGAAAACAUGAUAGUAUUUUUUUUGUUUUUAUUUUCAUAUUUAUUUAUAAAUAAAAUAUUGUUAUUAUUUAAUGUUAUUAAUAGAUAAAUUAACUCUUAAGGGGUAAUAUAGGUAUCAUUAGCAUGCGUAAUGAGAAACAGUUGCUUCCGAAAUGAAAUGUUCUUUAAAAUAUUUUUUUUAAAACAUUUUCAAUAUAUGUAUUAUUUAUUUCAUUGAGUGCAUUUUUUGUCCAGUUUUUCCUGAAAAUAGUAACUAUAAUAUAAUAUACUACAGACAAUUGUAAUAUAUUUUUUCUAUUAUUUUAGACUAUUUCUAGAGGUUCCCUUAAACUAAAUGAACUCUAACAACUCAGUAAUUAUUUAUUUAUUUUAGACAGUAUGUAACAUUUUCUACUGCUAAAUAUAUAAUAACUUGAAUGUCUUCUUUAACUUGUGUUUUUCUGGUGAAAAACUGAAUUCAUCAUAACUGGCAAUCGAUUAUUAUAUUAAAAAACAAUUAAGAUUUGACGCGGAGUAAGAGAUCUAUUGGCUUUAUUAUGAUGUGUGGUUUUUUUUUUGUCUGUAAAUAACAUUUUAAAAAGAAACCUCUUGCUCUGAUGUAUUAAUUGUAUCACCUUUUCUUAAAUUAAAUAUUAUUUAGUUACUGUAUUAAAAUUGUAAUUUUUUGAUUUUCCUAGGAGUUUUCAAAAUAAUUUGGAAAAACCAGAAACAAAAUUAAAACUGCAAAUAUUUAGUGUGUACCUUGGCAUUACUGUUUUUAUUGUAUUUUAAUUUAAUGAACUAUGUUUACUACCAAAAAUAAUGUGCUAUAAUCAUAAAAUAAAAGAUGUAAAACUGACAAAUUAACAGCGUUGUAUCAUUAUUUAAAAUUUUUACAUUUGUUGGUUUCUUUUAGAGAUAUAAUAGAAAAACCAUGAC